UACUUUUGUGUGCGGCGCGGGCAGGAUCCGCCAAACUCUCGGGGGCAGUCAGUCCAGCGAAAAAAAAAACUAAAAAAAAGCCAAUAAAGAGUCUCGCCUCAGCCUUCGCGAGUGGAAUAUUUUUUAAAUUGUGAAUGUACCGUGAAUUAAUCCCAACUCCCGUCGACUAGUGGCAUUCCACCGACGAUAAACUCAUUACCCUCGAUGGCGUGCCUGAAAAUCCCCCAGGACAACUGAAAACACCUGGGGCCACUGAUGCACCUGGUGCAGCACGUCGACCCCCGAUCACCAAAACAACUCCAGCGUUCGGCCCCCGAGAGAUAGAGCAAAAAAAUUCAGUACAAAUUCCGAGACUCCUGGCGAUGCUCCUGGACCACUGAAUCCUUCUCCUCCCCCUCCUGAACCCGGAGAACCCACUGAACCCCCGAUUUUUUCCUGCAAAAAGCGUGAGGAGCAAACGGAUCUUGUGUUGUUCCAUGGCGAUCGCUCCCACUGGCCGAGGAACGUGCUUGCCUACGUCACUGCGUAAGGUGGCACACGGAUGAAUGUGAUACAUAAAGAGGAAAUCAAUUAUUUUCAUGACUUAUCGAUAAAAUAACAGUGCUAACAGUGAUAAUUGUGAUUUAUCGAUGAACAAGGUAGUGGAUUGUUAAAUAGUGUAGUUGAUCGCGUCACCGCCCAUAUGUGAUGUGUCCAAGUGAAUGAGUAAUCAUGUACUGCCAGGACAAGGGCUCGGCGGCAUCCAAGAGCAAAGAGGGUGGUACUGUGACAAUGCGAGAGAAGAAAGGAGGCGCACUGAGCAGGGUACAAAAGCUGAAAAAACGACUCAGUCACAGUUUCGGGAGACUCUCGAUAUCGAAGGAGGAAGCUGAAGAUGUGGCGAAUAGAGGUUCAUUGGCUUACAAUGGCUUCUCGGAAGAGUUCCUAGACCGUUUGGAGCGAAACGGCAACUUACCUGUGGACAAGGAUCGACGUUACGCCAAGUCGAUUACCUCAACAUCUAUAUCCCAUGUCGCAGAGUGGGGUGGUGUGGGUGAUCAUGAGAGGGUACACCGACAGCUGUCAGUAUCCAGUGACUCAAAAUUACUGGAUGAGGAUAUCAGGGAAGAGGCCAGAGUGAUUCUGAGACCUCGCAAGCCCCCCAGACCAAAAUCAGAGGUAUUUCUUGGGCCAGAUCCAGCACCGAGGAGAACCAAAAGAUUUUCAGCCUUCGGUGGUGAUUCACCAUUUGGUAAAUCCGAGGGCUACAUCAAAUUGGAGCAACUCGGUGAGGGUUCAUAUGCCACUGUGUUCAAGGGUUACAGCCAUUUGGCUGAACAGGUCGUUGCACUUAAGGAGAUCAGACUUCAGGAGGAGGAGGGCGCACCAUUUACUGCCAUACGUGAGGCCAGUCUACUGAAGGAGCUCAAACACAGUAACAUCGUGACACUACACGAUAUUAUUCAUACGCGUGAAACACUUACAUUUGUUUUUGAAUUUGUUCACACCGAUCUCUCGCAGUAUAUGGAGAGGUAUGGCAGUGGGGGCGGUGGACUCGAUCCAAGAAAUGUGAAAUUGUUCCUCUUCCAGCUGCUACGGGGACUGGCUUAUUGUCACCGCAGGAAAGUACUGCACCGUGAUGUAAAGCCCCAGAACCUCCUGAUUAGUGAAAUAGGUGAACUUAAACUCGCAGACUUUGGUUUAGCGAGGGCAAAAUCAGUGCCUUCACACACGUAUUCCCACGAGGUCGUGACCCUGUGGUACAGGCCACCGGAUGUCCUCCUCGGCUCAACCGAGUACUCAACGUCACUGGAUAUGUGGGGCGUUGGUUGUAUAUUCGUUGAGAUGCUUACUGGUGUACCAACGUUUCCUGGUGUAAGGUGUACCUACGAUCAAUUGGAUAAGAUAUUUAGAAUUUUGGGAACACCUACGGAGGAGACGUGGCCAGGUGUCACGAGAUUACCGGGGUAUAAGCCACAUCGGUUGGCAUUUUAUCCGCUUAGGAAAUUAGGACUGUCGUUUCCCAGGCUGUAUGAUGUGGCCGAGGGUGAUAACAUGGCGUCUUCACUGCUACAGCUCAAUCCUGAUGAUCGAAUAGAUGCGGAGGAGGCGUUGAAGCAUCCGUACUUUGCAUCACUUCCUAAUAAACUCUAUGAGCUGCCUGACGAGGUAUCGAUAUUUACCGUCGAAGGGAUUUACCUAUUCACCGAGUCUCGACAAACGUAUGCUGACUCACGUCAUACAGCACUCAAGACCUGAGGUCGAGCAUAAAAAUAAGGGAAACGUAAAACAAAAGUUUCAAACGAUUAAAUAAUCACGUACAGACUCGAUGAAAAUGAUCGGAUUUUCACAUUGUAAAUGAGUAACCGUCUGGUUCUCACGAUGAUGUACGAAUAUCAUUGACAUAUUUUUCAUUUAUCUCUCCUAUCCGGCUAAUUAAAGGUACAGAAGAGUAAUUAAAUCGUCCGAUCUCCUCAUAUUUUGUAUUCAAAAUGAAAACAACAAUCUUCGCAUAGAGAAGACUAAAAGGAAAAUGUGUUACUUGUAAUAAUUAGGAGAAGUCAUUAAAUUUGUAGAGUCAUUUUGUAGUGAGAUGCGGACAAGUAAAAUCAGGUUGAUUAUCACUGAUAGUGAAAUAAAAAAUUGAGAAAUGCAUUCGGAAGCUACGCACGCUGGAUUUAGAGCAAAAAAAAUGCAAAUGCACGCACGACCCAUCCUCGCACUUCGUCCAAAUACUAGAUAUUAGACUGAAUACCAAUCAAAAGAGAUUCGAUAAUGGGUGAAGAAAGUUAUGUCUACCGCCUAGUGGAAAUUAUCCCCUCUCUCUACUCCUUUUCCGAGCCACUUUGCAGGCGGUGAGUUCGACAUAGCGAACAAACAUUAAGUAAUUCAAUUUAUCAUUAUUAGGUGAAAUCAUGGAAGAUCUGUAGCGCUAGAUCAAUCACUCUGCACUGCUAUGUAGUAUUGAUACUCGAUUCAGGCGCCUACGUCUGUUCAUCAAUUACAAUUAAUUUGACCAAAUUUAGGUGAAAUCGGGUGGCGGGAAUUUCUGGUUGGAUUGGAUUUAGUUGAUUGGGAGGGGGCGAAACAAUGAUUCAGCUUUGUUUGUUGAUUUGUUUUUGAUUCAUUUUUGAGAAUCGAAGAAAGUUGAACAUUUUGUAGAUUUUUGUAUUGUUUAUUUCGGCUUCCUGCAUAAAAAAAGUCUAUUAUUACUAAUACUAUUCGGCAGGGAAAUGGUGAGAAUCUAUUCUGUUAUUUUUUCUGCAGAAAACGGUCUUCAUGAACAUUGAACGAUCUCAGCAGAUUCAGAAAUUUCAUUUCAAGAUUAUUUUUUUAGGCGCAUGAGUUAAGCAUGUUUAUUAAUUGCAUUUUUUUCGAUCAAAUUCAGGUGAAAUUGAUUAACGAAGUGGUGAGAAUCAGUUCGGUUCUUUCUCAUCAGUUUCUGAUUAAUGUUGGGAAAUAUACGAAAGUUAGCGAACCUUUUGUAGAUUUUUCUUUUGUUUAUCUGGGCUUUUUGCACAGAAAGGUCCUCAUAAACAUUGACCAAUCUCUGCAGAUUCAAAAAUUUCACUUCAAUUUCAGUGUUUUUCAGACGCAUGAGUUAAGACUGUUUGUUAAUUGCAAUUUAUUCGAUCAAAGUCAAAUGAAAUUGACUAGAAAAUUUUUUCGAUUGGAUUUACUCGGUAGGGAAAUGGUGAAUCUAUUCUGUUUUUUUUUCUGCAGAAAAAGAUUCUCAUGAACAUUGAACAAUCUCUGCAGAUUCAGAAAUUUCACUUAAAGAUUAUUUUUUUAGGCGCAUGAGUUAAGCAUGUUUAUUAAUUGCAUUUUUUUCGAUGAAAUUCAGGUGAAAUUGAUUAACGAAGUGGCGAGAAUCAGUUCGGUUCUUUCUCAUCAGUUUCUGAUUAAUGUUGGGAAAUAUACGAAAGUUAGCGAACCUUUUGUAGAUUUUUCUUUUGUUCAUCUGGGCUUUUUGCACAGAAAGGUCCUCAUAAACAUUGACCAAUCUCUGCAGAUUCAGAAAUUUUACUUCAAGAUCAGUUUUUUAAGUUAAGCAUGUUUAUUAAUGGCUAUUUAUUCGAGCAAAUUCAAGUGAAAGUGACUAGAAGAAUUUUUUGAUUGCAUUUAUUCGGUAGGGAAAUGGUGAGAAGCAAUUCUAUUAUUUCCUAUCAGUUUUUGGUGAAGGUUUGGGAAUCCAAGAAAGUUAGGAAAGUUAGGAGUUUUUUAUUUAUCUAGGUUCUCCCUACAAAGAAAGUCCUCAUGAAAAUUGACUAGUCUCUACAGAUUCAAAGAUAAGUCGAACAAAGAAUGUAAAAGUGGAUCAAUAAGUGAAUUUCACCCCAAUAUUAGUUUUUGGGGAAUAGUCGGAAAUCUGAAAGAGAAAUAAAUUUUUUCUAGAACAAAAUUAGGUUCCCAAAUAAGUCCUUUUGAGAACUUGUUCCAACUCUGUUAGUUUCAAAACUGAGACCGAAGAAGAAUAAUAAAACAACGGCGUUUCACUUCAAAAUAAAUUGACGGGAUACAUCUUGUCUUUCUAGAAAUGAAAAGUGAAAAGAUGACGGAAUUCUAGUGAAACAAACACCACAGAAAUCGGUGAAUGAAUUUCUCGUUAAAAUCAGUUUUCUUCAUUUCAUAUCUCAUUUCGUUAAAAAAGGCUCUAUAAAAUGUUUCGUCAGGCCCGUAAUUUCUUCGAAAUCCUCCAAAGAAAUGAUUUAUUCCGCUAUACCCAUUUCCUUCUCAAUAAAUUAAUUUCCGAUUAAUCAGAGAUUUUUGCCACAACUUGUUGCGUAAAAAUGACAAAUUUCAGAGGCAAACUCGUACGUCCAAUUGGCCACUCGCCUCCGCUCGCAAUUUAUCGUCGAUUUAAGUCGAAUGAAAGAAACAAAAUAAAAAACAUCUUAUUCGAAUUAAAUAAAUUAGCUCGUAAUCGUAACGUGAUGAUAGCAAAUAAACAUAGGAUGAUAAGUAAACUCUGAGAACAAGUGUCUCAAGGCAUUGACAAAUCGACGAGCGGAGGGUGCGAGUAACGGCGAGCGACUCAUCAAUCAACAAAUCAAUUAAUUUCAUUAGUCCCAACUACCGGUAGUAGUGUAAUUUUUACAGAAAUCAAUGAGAAAAAAAAUUGAAUGAAAAAAAAACCACGUAUGUUCGUUACUACUUUUGAUAGGCCAACGAAUGGUGCUUGAUGAAUAUACGACUAAUGAAGUAAAGUUAAAUUGUACAUUAAUUGGGGAUAACUGAUAAUCUCGUAAUAGUUGCCUAGCUGGUGGCAUAAAUCAUACGCAAUCAUGAUUAUUUCACUAGGAAAUAGUGUUUUUUAAAAAUAUGUAGAGAAUAUCAAUGAGUCGAGAGUGUUACAGGUCUUCCAAAUGAAAAAGUAAAAAAUCAAUUACGAGUCAUGAUAAUUAUGUCCAAGCAAUGAUGACUAUUACGACUAAUAAUGUUAUUCCCUGGUAGAUUUAUAUUUAUACCGAUUUUUCAGCGCACUCAUAGUUUUUGCCAGCCCCUCCUACCCUUAUUAGAUUAAUAUUUUCACCUUGCCUUCCUCAGCCUUCCUCACUCACAUUUACUUUUUUAAUUGUUAGCGUGCUAGCCUUUGAAGUUGAUGCAUUCAUUCGAGGAAUAUAUUUUUUCUUGAGUCGUUUGGGGCCUAUUUGCCGUAAAGUUCAAGUGUAGGUUGAGUGAUAUUGCUGGUGGAUGAUGAGGAAUUAUUGAAAUAUCAAAGGAUCUGGAGGGCAGGGGAAAGAACGAUAAAUUCAAUCAUGUGGAAUGUUUUUUUUUAUUCUUAUUUAUGAAGAAAAUUGGUUGAGAGUGUUGAUGGAUUCUUUGAGUCAAUUGAAUGUGCAAUUGGUGAGAUAAUUUUGUGAAUUCUUGUGUAACUGAAGAGCUGAGGAGGUAGGAUGUAAAUAGAAAAAACACCAUCGAUUUAUAUAGUUGAUGACGCUGAGAUAGAGACAGGAGUAAUAAAUGUGACUUUGUAAUAAAUUGAUGAGAAUAACAAAUCAGGGGUUUACAGUGAUGUGUUUUGGAAAAAAAGCUGAAGUAAUAUGAAAGUGAUUGGAAUAAUCAAUUUCCCACCAGUCUCAUUUAUUUUAGACUACCACGAUAACGAUUCAUUGAGGAAUUACGAGAGAGAUAUGCUCAUUUAUUAUACAUUAUUAUUUGUUAAUUGUAUUUGUAAUAUAACUGUGGUAGAGACUGUCAUUUGUAUGAAUUAGUCCUCAAUUAUUGUCUUUAUUUGUUCAUCUAUAAAUUUUUUUUAUACAACAAUUUCAGUGUGAUUAUUGCUGUAAUUUUUAGCGAUUCAUUUUUGUUCAUGAGGUGAAUUACCAGGCAGCCCAGCGAACAUUGUAAUACGAGAGAUUAAAGUGAAAAGAGAAAAGUACUGUUUUUAA